GCGCUGCGGGCCCGGCGCUCGAGUCGUCCAGGUCCGCCGUCCCGGGGCUGCGCGAGGCGCUGAGCCCGGCUCCUGCCCACGGCCGGCUCGGCACCGCGGACGCGCGAGGACGGAGGAGCGGGCCGGAGCCGGGGUCGGGGGGCGCGGCCCCUCUCGCCGUCCCUCCUCCCCGAGUCCCCGCCGGCGCUCUGGGAACCGCGUUGGGGGCGGCCCCGCGCCCUCCAGCUCGCCCCCGCCGGCCGAGGGGCCCACGAGCCGGCCGAGUGGGAGCGAACACCCCGGGCCCUGCGACCCGCGUCGCCUCCGGCCAGUCUCACCCAAACGCUCGCUCUCAAAAAUCGUUCUAAUUUUUAAAACAGUACUUGUCUUAGGAGGAGUCCAUAAAGUUAGGCAACUCCGGGUACCGGGGGGGCACGAAGUCGCGGGGUCCAGAAGCGCCCCUGGUGCGCACGGCGAGCGUCAGGUCCUUGCAGAACUUGAACUCCCGCAGUUCGCUGGUGAAGCCCCGGCAUCGCGGUCUCAUUUGCCCAGAAAUCCACCUUCUCCUGCAUUUGGGACAAUGUCGGGACGUGUCCUGCGCGCGAUGACUGCCCCCCGCCCCCGGCACGCAUUCCGGGGUACCUGACACUACAAGCCCAGGAAGGGAUGCCUUGUUAUCCCGGCCAGCCCGGGCCCUGGGUGCUGGCCCCGAAGGUGCUAGACUUCGCAUUUGGGCCCCGCUGGCCAGCUGGGGGUCCCUGGCCGGAGAGGUGCGGUGCCUUUAAGACCUGACCCACUCUGUCAGGUGACCAGGCCGUCGCUUAGCAACAGGACGCCGCGCGACCCCCGGAGCGCGGGCUGCGGAGAGGCUGUUCCCUGCCUUGUGUUUCUUCCUCGCGCAGCUCGGGUGGGUUGCAGGAUGUCCGGGGAGAACCCCCGAGAGUGCGCGGAGCCUGUGGGGCCCGCGGCGCAGGCACCCCCGGAGAAAACCAGCGACUACUACCGCGUAGCCGAGGACCUACCCGUCAGGUUCAACAACCCGGCGUGGUUCCGGGGCUACAGGACCAAGGAGCCCGCCUCGGUGUACAGGACCAGUAACCAAGCUUACGGGAGCAGAGCCCCCACGGUGCAUGAGAUGCCAAAAGUAUUCUAUGCCCAGUCGAAUAAAUUUUCCAGACAACUUGCAGCUGGUGGAAUGUCCCAGAACAAUACUUUGAACACGCAAGUGGACAAGAGCAUCGUGACAGGUGCCGACAACCACAUCACCGCCUACGACCGGCUCAACUUCCACCCCAGUUACAACGUCAGCAGGCCGUCGUUUUGUGACUGAGGGGACGGGGACACCUCCCUCUGAGGUCUCCUGACCCCAGCGGUGGCCAUCUAGAGACUCAUCACCCCUGAUCUUUGACAAUUUGCCCAGUUGUGAAGGCGACAGAAUUCACUGCUCUCCCUCAAAAGUUUCCCUCUCUAGAUUAGAAAAAUAUGCAAGUGGGGCUGUCAUGUCUUACUUUCUCAUUAUAUCUGAGAUGGAAAAGGUGCUAAUGCCUUGACUUUCAUUACAAAUGUUGCCGCACCCUGACUUUCCAACUCGCCUGUAAUUAAGGAGCAGGUCUGUGGGCGUCCCGGGACCCAAAUGUUGUCCUGAACACCGUUCACCUUCAUCCUUAUUUGGAGGCUUGUUCACACUCGUGACAAAUUAUGGAGCAGGUCCUGUUCUAAAGCGACCUGAAAUCUGCACAGACCCUACAAGGCGGGGAGGGACAGGUGAGCAUGGAUGGGAGUGGUCCAGAGAGGGGAACUGCAGAGCCCUUCCAGAAAGCUCCCGGCAGGAGCAGGCAGGGGGGCCAUGUCGUCCCAGCACAAAGGACAGGCUCCAAGUUCCACUGAACACCCUCCAGCCACGAGGAAGGGCCGGGUGAGAGGCUCAAUAAAUGAACAAGGUUGGCAAGUGCAGGGCUGAUGACCACACGGGAGUUCUCUUCUUCGUGUUCAUUUUAAACUUUCAAUAAAAAGUCAAAAAGGAAAAAAAAAGGCAGGCGAGGAAUAACAUUUUUCUCAGGUGGGGAAAUAGCUGUAUUAAGGGGAUUUUUAUCUCUGUGUACUUUGUCGUCAAUCAGCGUUUCCUGAGUUAGAGGGCCCUCAAUAAGAACUUUUCUGUGAUGGUACAUCUUUCAGACAUAGAUCUCCCGCUUCCAUUAUGACAGCAAGACGUGCUCAUUUCAGGACAGAAGAAACCCUUGUUACAUGCCAUCCAUAGCUUCUUGUUUAUGGAAAUUUUUACCCAAAGAGAGUUUACUCACAUAUGAGUUUGGGAAGAAAUCAAACACCAACUGGUCAUUUCUUCAUUAAAAACAUUUUAUGAUUAAUCCACAAAAUAAACAUUUUGGCAACAUUCUUAAUGUCCAAUUUGGAGUGAAAACGGUUUCCAGAGAAAAUCAAUAUAUUUACUAAAAAGAUGCAAAGCUGAACCUGAAGCCAGGAUUUGUGUAAUGUCCUUCUCCUGAGCUGAAAAACCAGCAGACUCCAGGCAUCAAACUGAAAACGAGUUUUUACAACCCCUCAUUAAAAACACCAAAAUGCUAAGAACUCUUCUGCGUUUAGCCUCUGUUGAAAUAAAAAGAGAAAAAGAAUGCCUCUCAACCAAGUUUCUAAACUCACCACAAAAUAUGAAUUCCCUGCUGGGCAGCUGACCGAGAAGCAGGUCGGAGGCUCCAGGAGAGCAGAAAGCCAGCAGCAAAAGAGCUUUGUCCUCCCCGGCUUCGACUGGUGAGCGCCUGCACUGGGGGACAAGACAGUGCACGCAAAAAGGAAACACCACUGAACUGGGAGAAACGGCCCAGUUCGGCCUGGGAGUGUCUUCCCGCUUGACAUCAACUAACAAAAGAGAUGCCAACCAAUCCAUACACAGACAGGGAAGGUAAAAUAGAGUUUCCAGGAGAAGGCCUAGGAAAUGUCGUCUUCAUGACCUUGGGUAGGUCAAGGUUUCUUAAAGGAAAAGACUCAUGAAUUGGACUUCAUUGAAAUUGAGAUAUAGCUAUAUUCCUAAAAUAAAAUAAAAUAAAAUAAAAAGAUGCCAAGCUCUCCGGUGGGCGCUCCAAAGUGCAUGCUGGCAUCAUAACUGGACACUGGUGGUGGCCAACACACUGAUGUUUCUGUGACAGUUGCUAAUGAGUUACCCUCUAUAUUUAGAAAUAAUAGAAUUAUUAAUAAUUAAUAGACAAAUAGAAUAAA